AACAACGGAUGGCUCACACUCUCUGAAUUGACUCCUUCGAGUCUUUGUGCAACUAUAUCCAUAUCUGUUUAUCCAUCCUGAAUGUCUACUUCAGAAAGCUGUCGACACACACAUCUCAGCCUAAUGAGGAUAGGCAGUCUGCUCCUCGCUCUCCAUGCGGGACUAGGCCUCGCCACCGUUCCUGGUUCACCCUCUCCAGGCUACCAUAAUGAGAUUCCCAUCCUCCCUCCACACAUCCCGCAAGGGAACGAUGGAUCGAGUUCAAUAGCACGAAAACAUGAAUUUAGACUACGGCAUAUCUUUCACCGCGGCACCUACCAGCAACCGAACCUGCAUCUGAGGCUAGACGUAACGCCGGAUACAAAGCUAGCGAUCCUAUCCGAAGAUGAAUACCUACCUCAACCGGUUGACGAACCGCAGACUACAUUAUAUGCAUUAUCAGAUGGCUUGACAAUUGAAAGACUAGCGGACCGCCGACCGUCCGUGAUCGAGAGCUACUUGGCUCAUGCAAGGUCAUCCGGUGUUGCGGCUAUAUUGUCCGAGGAUGCUUGGAUAACGGAAGAGAUUGAUGGGCCAAACAUGACCGAUAAAGAGACCGUAUUGACAUUCGCCAAGAUGACAGCAAAUGAUUACAUCGAAGAUCCUGGUAGUGGUGAUUGGAACGAGAUUAGCGGUCGGUUCAACUGGUCUGCGAGCUUUGGAUGGCAGCGAGACGGGAUUAGGGGCCAUCUGUAUGCUGAUGAGACAAACAGCACUAUUGUUAUAUCUCUGAAGGGUACUUCGCCGGCAUUAUUUGAUGGCGCUGAGACGACCACCAACGACAAAGUCAAUGAUAACCUCUAUUUCAGUUGUUGCUGCGGCCAAGGAGGUUCUUAUCUUUCACGUCAAGUCUGCGAUUGCUCUACGGAUGUGUUCAAGGCCAAUCUGACCUGCAUUACUGAGGCUAUGCAAGACGAGAAUCGUUACUAUCGCGCUGCGAUUGACCUGUACACAAAUGCUACGCAGCUAUAUCCGAACGCAAAUGUUUGGCUCACCGGUCAUUCAUUAGGAGGGGCUAUGAGCGGCCUCCUUGGCCUUACGUUUGGUCUUCCAACUGUGGCUUUCGAGGCAAUCCCGGAUGCCCUACCAGCGUCGAGACUAGGACUGCCCACACCACCGGGGUACGAUUCUCAACUACCCCAGAAGCGGCGGAAUACUGGUGUCUUCCAUGUUGGGCACACUGCCGAUCCUAUUUAUAUGGGUUCAUGUAAUGGUGUGGGCGCCACUUGCACCUGGUUUGGUUAUGCCUUGGAGUCUGCAUGCCACACUGGAAAGAUUUGUGUUUAUGACACAGUUGAGGACAAAGGUUGGAGGGUGGGUAUUGGUACCCAUCGUAUCAAAAGUGUGAUCAAGGAAGUGUUAGAAGUCUACGAUGAGGUACCACCUUGCGUGCCGGAAGUCGAAUGCUACGAUUGUCAGCUUUGGAAGUUCUAUAAGAGCAAUGGUUCUGAAAUCACAACCACCACUACAACCACAACUACUUCCACAUCCACCUCGCUGACUAGGACGUCGACUUGUGAAACACCAGGAUGGUGGGGUUGUUUAGAUAAGACAACGUCGACGACAUCAACGACUACCACCGCCAGCAUCCCGACCACUACAACUACUACCACAACCUGUGAAACACCGGGUUGGUUCGGAUGCAAAGAUCCCACCACGACAGCCAGUGCCACGAGCAUUCUCCCUUCUCCAACAGCCACCACAAUUCCCACUUCUACAUCCACCUGUCACACUCCCGGCUGGUUCGGCUGUCGUGAUCCAACAACAACCACUAGGCCGAGCCCAACGGUGGAUUCACAGUGGUAUUAUGAUAACGCCCCGCCAUCCGUCAAGCAUGCCAUUACUGCUGCUCCCGUCAUAUGAGCUAUUUUGAAGAUAACAUAUACCGUUUGAUUUUUUCUUUUCGAGACAUUGUCUUUGGGUAUGGAGUUUGGUCUGUUGAUACCUUUCUUUUGUUCAUUGGG